GUUCAGCUAGGAGUCUACAUCAUAAGUUUCUACUCCAUUAACGAACAGACGAUGGACUACUCUGUAAGCAUGUACCUGAGACAGACAUGGAAAGAUCCACGCAUGAGCUUGAAUGCAAGUAAUGACGUUAAAGAACUGAGACUUGGGGACUCCAGGUACAAAGAAAUCUGGUUGCCUGAUACAUUUUUGAGGAAUGAGAAAGCUGCCAACUUCCACCUCGUGACCGUCGAGAACAGGAUGCUAAAACUGACUCCGGCUGGUACCCUUUGGUACGUUACCAAAAUCACGGCAACCCUCGCCUGUCCGAUGAACCUGGAAAAGUUCCCGAUGGACACCCAAGUCUGCCCUAUGCUCUUUGAGAGCUUUGGCUACACGUAUGAGACCAUGUACUUCAGGAUGUUGCAGCACAACGAGUCGAUAGCCAUUGACAUCUCGCGGGAUCUUCAACUUCCUCAGUUUUUCAUCAAGAACUCCUCUGUCAUCAACUGCGAUCAGAACUAUACAACUGGAUUGUACCCCUGCUUAGAGUUUAAAUUUAUCCUAAAGAGAGACAUCGGCUACUUUCUGAUCCAAGUGUACGUUCCCAGCAUCCUGAUUGUUAUCCUUUCCUGGGUUUCCUUCUGGAUUAACGUGGAUGCUUCCCCGGCCCGCGUCUCCAUCGGAUUGCUGACUGUUCUCACCACAACCACUAUGAGUAGCGGGGCGAGAGCCACUCUGCCCAGAGUAUCCUACAUUAAGGCCAUAGACGUCUGGAUGAUCAUCUGCUUGCUGUUCGUGUUCCUCUCACUCAUCGAGUACGCCGUUGUCAACGUCACAGCCCGAAGGACAGUCAGACCUCAGCCCCCUCCGUCGUUCCCGAAGCCUCCCAGAAGACUACCUCCCAUUCCUGCAAACCAGACCAGGGAUCUGGAGUCUGGCCUGCCCGUCUCUCCAGGACAGCGAAAACCGAAAAAGGCCCUCAACUGUUUCAAGAAACACGCUGGCCGUUCCCCAAGAAACACCCCAAAACCCCAACACGACGGAAAGUACCAAGCCCGCCAGUUGGACAAGAUAGCCAGGAAGAUUUUCCCCAUCACUUUCAUCCUCUUCAACUGCAUCUAU